AUGUCGUCCGACUCACUCUCUGCCCCUCUCGCCGAAGCGCCGGCUGCGGCCGGAGGGGUCGGCCUCGGAUACGGCAUCGCCAUAGCGGUCGGCAUCCUCGUCCUCGUCUCCACCAUCUUGCUCGCCUCCUACCUCUGCGUCCGUGUUAAGAGCGACGUUCACCGCCCGCUCCCCACCCCACCCCCUGCAGCUCGGCCCGCUGCCUUGGCGCCAGACGGCAGCGCCGCCGUGGUGGUGGUGACGGCGGUGGGCCUGGACGGCCCCGCCAUCGAGGCUUUCUACCCCAGGUUCGCCUGCGGCCAGGGCGGGGCGCUGGCGCCGCCGGGACCGUGCCCGAUAUGCCUCGCGGAGUACGAGGGCGGGGAGGUGCUGCGGCGGGCGCCGGACUGCGGCCAUUGCUUCCACGCGGGGUGCGUGGACGAGUGGCUCAGGGUGAGCGCCACGUGUCCGCUCUGCCGCAGCUCACCGGUGCCGUCCGCUGCGGCGACGCCCGUGGCCACUCCGCUGUCGGAGCUGAUACCGCUGGCGGCACACCCCAGGUGAUGGAAUGAAUCUCCAGCGCCG